CUGAAGAUCAGUAUGAAAAUCAUGGGACAAAUCUAAGGUUGUGUUGUGCUGUGAUCUAUACGGGUCGUGGGAGUCGUAGGAAGGAUUCGGGGAGACCCAGGAAACCUAGAAAUGGACUCGGUAGCCAUUGAAGAUGUGGCUGUGAAUUUCACCCUGGAGGAGUGGGCUUUACUGAAUCCUUCACAGAAGAAACUCUACAGAGAUGUGAUGCGGGAAACCUUCAGAAACCUGGCCUCAGUAGGGAAAAAAUGGGAGGAUCAUGACAUUGAAGAUCAGUACAAAAACCAGGGGAGAAAACUAAGAAGUCAUGUUGUAGAGAGACUCUGUGAAAGUAAAGAGGGUAGUCAAUGUGCAGGAAACUUCAGCCUUAUUCCAAAACUCAGUCUGAAGAAGAAAACUACUGGAGUGAAACUACAUGAAUGCAGUGCAUGUGGAAAAGUCUUUAUGCAUCAUUCAUCCCUUAAUAGGCAUAUCAACCGUCAUAGUGGGCACAAACUGUAUGAGUAUCAGAAAUAUGAAGAGAAGCCAUAUAAAUGUAAGGAAUGUGGUAAAGCCUUCAGUUAUCUUCAGUGUUUUGAAAAACAUGAAAGAAAACACAGUGGACAGGAGAACUAUAAAUGUAAGGAAUGUGGGAAAGCUUUUCGUUUUCGCACAUCCUUUCAAACACAUAAAAGGAUUCAUACAGGAGAAAAGCCCUAUGAAUGUAAAGAAUGUGGGAAAUCCUUUAUGUGGCUUACAACCUUUCAAAGACAUAUGAUAACGCACACUGGAGAUACUCCUUAUAAAUGUAAGGAAUGUGGGAAACCCUUUAAGUGGCUCACAACCUUUCGGAGACACAUGAUAACACACACUGGAGAUGCUCCUUAUAAAUGUAAGGAAUGUGGGAAAGUCUUUACUUUUUUAAGUGCACUACAAAUACAUGAAAAAACCCACAUGGGAGAGAAACCCUAUCAGUGUAAACAAUGUGGAAAAGCCUUUAGAUAUCGUCGAACUUUUCAAACACAUGAAAGGACUCACACAGGAGAGAAACCCUAUGAAUGUAAGCAAUGUGGUAAAGCUUUUAUUUCCCGUGUAGGAUUACAAAACCAUGAAAGAAAUCACAAUGGAAAGAAAUUCUAUGAAUGUAAAAGAUGUAGUAAAGCAUUCAGUUAUUCCAGUUCUCUUCGAAAACAUGAAAGAAAUCAUACUGGAGAGAAACCCUAUGAAUGUAAGGAUUGUGGAAAAGGUUUUAUUUUUCUCUCAAGCCUUCGGGCACACAUGAUAAGUCACUCUGGAGAUGGACCUUAUAAAUGUAAGGAAUGUAAGAAAGCAUUCAUUACUCCCAGUUCAUUUCAAAUACAUGUAAGGACUCACACAGGAGAGAAGCCUUAUAAAUGUAAACAAUGUGGGAAAACUUUCAAUUGGCCCACUUCCAUUCGCAGACAUGAAAAAAGUCAUAGUGUAGAGAAACCCUAUGAGUGUAGGCAAUGUGGUAAAGCCUUCAGUUGUCCCAGAUCCUUUCAAAGCCAUGAAAGGAGACACAGUGGAGAAAAGCCUUAUGAAUGUAAAAAAUGUGGUAAAGCCUUCAGUUGUCCAAAUUCCUGUCGAAAACAUGAAAGAAGUCAUGGUGAAGAGAAACCUUAUGAAUGUAAAGAAUGUGAGAAAGCCUUCAGUUCUCUCAUCAGAUUUCAAAGACACGUGAUGAAGCACACUGGAGAUGGACCUUAUAAAUGUAAGGAGUGUGGGAAAGUCUUUGAUUGUCCCAAUUACUUUCAAAGUCAUGAAAAGAUUCACAGUGUAGAAAAGCCCUAUGAAUGUAAGGGAUGUUGUAAAACCUUCAGUACUCCUAGGUCCCUUCGAAGACAUGAAAGAACUCAUACUGGAGAGAAACCUCAUGCAUAUAAGGAAUGUGGUAAAGCCUUCAGUUAUCCCAGUUUCCUUCAAAAACAUGAAAGAAGUCAUACUGGGGAGAAACCCUAUCAGUGUAAACAAUGUGGUAAAGCCGUCAGUUAUCUCAGUUCCCUUCGAAGUCAUGAAAGGACUCAUAGUGGAGAGAAACACUAUGAAUGUAAGGAAUGUGGGAAAGCAUUCAUUUUUCUCUCAAAAUUUCAUUUACACAUGAUAAAGCACACUGGAGUUGGACGUUAUACAUGUAAGAAAUGUGGGAAAGCGUUCGAUUGUCCCAGUUCAUUACAAAACCAUGAAAGAACUCACACUGGAGAGAAACCGUAUGAAUGUAAGAAUUGUAGUAAAGCCUUCAGUCAUCUCCGUUCUUUACGAAACCAUGAAAGAACUCAUAUUGGAGAGUAGCACUUGGGAAAGCCUUCAGUUCUGUCACUAAAAUUCCAAGACAUGUGGUGAAGCACACUGGAGAUGGACCUAAUAGUGUAAGGAAUGUGGGAAGGCCUUCGAUUUUUUUUUCAGUUCAUUAUGAAAUCAUGAAAGAACUCACACUGGAGCGAAACCACACAAAUGUGAAAAUUAUAGGAAAGUCUUUGAUUGUCCCAGUUCUGUUCAAAACCAUGAAAACCCUCAUAAUGGAAAGUAGGCCUAUGAAUGUCAGGAAUGUAGGAGAACCUUCAGUAGUCCCAGUUCAUUCUGAAUACAAAAAAAGAAUUCACACUGGAGAGAAACCCUGUGAAUGCAAACUGUAUGGUAAAGCCCUCAACAAUUCCUAUUACGUUCAAAUAUGUGAAAGAACCCUUACCAGAAACUGAACGUAAGGAAUAUUGGAAAGCCUUUAUCACACAACAUUUUAAGGACACAAGACGGUGCACACCAUGUAAGGAUGAGGAAUUGGGGAAGUUUUCAGUCCCAUUUUCUUGGGAGAGAACUCACUCUGGAGAGAAUUCUGUUAAAUAUAAACAAUAUAUGAAAACCUUCAUUUGCCCUACAUCCUUACAAAACCAUGUGAGAAUGUACACUGGAUACUACCAAGUAACUGAAAAGUAAAACAAACUAUUCAGUUGAAACAAAUAUUUUUGUAGUCAUGUGAAAACUGCACUGGAAAAAACUCAUGUUAAUGUAAGUAAUAUGGGUAAGCCUGGUACAAAUUAAUUCAUGUAGAAUACUCAAAGUUACAGUAUGGAAGAAGUGUUACAAACUUUAAACAUAUAUUGUCCUUAUCAGUGGCACAUUCUUAAAGUUAUUAUCUGUAGUAUGGAGUAGUACUUACUUUUGCAAGUAAAUAUUGAGGUAAGAUAAUUCUGUAGGUACUCUUUAGGCAAUUGUUCCUAAGUUUAAUAGGUAAUUUUAUCCUUUACUCAGUAAAAUUUUUUUUAUUUUGAAGACUCUUUGAUCCAUGGGUGAAUUGAAGUGCAUUUCUAAUAUGUAAUUGGGGUUAAUUUUUAUAUAAAACUCUUCUGCAAAUAAGAGAACACUGAAAAAUGA